CCGCGAAUCCUCGCUAGUGUAGUGCUAGAGUUGUGGAGGCAACGGCGUUUUCCCGCGCUUUUUCUGCGCGCCUCAGCAUCUGCAGACUUCAAUCUCUGUUAUGUCUUUGUGUGAAGACAUGCUGCUUUGUAACUAUCGCAAGUGUCGCCUCAAACUCUCUGGUUAUGCGUGGGUCACUGCCUGCUCUCACAUCUUCUGUGAUCAGCAUGGCAGUGGUGAGUUUAGUCGUUCACCAGCUAUCUGCCCUGCCUGCAAUAGUACCCUUUCUGGAAAGCUAGACAUUGUGCGCACAGAACUCAGUCCAUCAGAGGAAUAUAAAGCCAUGGUAUUGGCAGGACUUCGACCAGAGAUUGUGUUGGACAUUAGCUCCCGUGCACUGGCCUUCUGGACGUAUCAGGUACAUCAGGAGCGUCUCUAUCAAGAGUAUAAUUUCAGCAAGGCUGAGGGCCAUCUGAAACAGAUGGAGAAGAUAUAUACUCAGCAAAUACAGAGUAAGGAUGUAGAAUUGACCUCUAUGAAGGGGGAGGUCACCUCCAUGAAGAAAGUGCUAGAAGAAUAUAAGAAAAAGUUCAGUGACAUCUCUGAGAAACUUAUGGAGCGAAAUCGUCAGUAUCAAAAGCUCCAAGGCCUCUAUGAUAGCCUUAGGCUGCGAAACAUCUCUAUUGCUAACCAGGAAAGUACCCUUGAACCAUCCAUGAUUGCACAAUGUGGUGUUUUUGGCUUUCCAUCAGGGAACAACUCCAAGUUUCCUUUGGACAGUACACCGGUUCGAAAUCGGGGUGGUGGAGAUGGAGAUUUUCACUUCAGACCGUUUUUUGUGGGAUCUCCCACAGCACCUGAACCCAGCAACAGCUUUUUUAGUUUUGCCUCUCCAAGUCGUGAAUUAGAGCAGCAGCAAAUCUCUAGCAGGGCCUUUAAAGUAAAAAGAAUUUAGCUCACUUUACAGAAUAUUUCUCUGUUCACUCUUAGUGAUCUCGUUUAGCAAAUAAUCUUUAUUCUAUUUAGGAUGAGAAUCACCAACCUUUGUGUGCUAUUACAUUUUCAACUUAUGAGGAACUCAGUGUCAGCAGGAGUGGCUUUAGGGUCUGGCUUCUUUUUCUGUUUCCAUAAUUUGAAGUGUGAGCAUUAUAUUAAACUCAAAUUUAUUGUGACUGUUGAGUUUUCACCAGUAGUGAAAAGGUUACAGUAUUACUGCUUGUUUUGUAGAUCACCAUUUGUUUUCUGUGUUAUUUCCGACUGAACUAGGUGUUUAUGUAUAUGUAUAUAAGCACGUAUGUUAUAUGUCUACAUGUCACUUUAUGUUCUGGUAUAUGCAUAUAUGCAUAUAUGUUUUCCUUUAUAUUGAUAUUUUGCUGUAUUUGCCAGCAUAUUUAUGUGAAGAUUUUGGUCUCAGGAAAUGGCAGGUGAAGCUGUAGCUUGUUAUUUGGGUACGUUCCUUUAUUUGUAUAUAUUUAUGUAUCUGCCCUUGUAUUAAUUUGUUUGGAGGUGUGCUCAUGUUGGUGAAUAAGAAUACAAUUUGAUGCUUGUAUGUUGUCUGUUUUUCUAUUUUUUAAUUUUGUUGUCUGUAUUUCUAAUUAAAAAUGAUUCACAGUGAUAAAGUUAUUUUGUAAAGGUGAUUUUUUGGCAUUUAUUUUAAAAUGAAAUGACUUUACCCUUUUGCCAGAAGUGCCUUAUUUAGGAAUACACUCUUACCACAGAAAACUUACAAUAUGUUAUUGAUCUCAAGAGAUUAUGUUAAUUAAAAUACUUUUAAAGACUUA